AUGUUCUCACCGUCUGUGCUAUGGCGGGCGCCCGAGGUCAAUCCCAUCAACCACAAGGCUCGGUCUAUACCAGUGUUCAAUCCCUUCGACAUGUAUGGCCGAGUAUUCUUCUUCUCUUGGUUCGGUUUCUUCAUUGCCUUCUGGUCAUGGUAUGCGUUCCCGCCGCUCCUGUCAGUCACCAUCAAGAAGGAUCUGCACAUGACCACGGUCGACGUCGCCAACUCCAACAUCGCCGCUUUAACCGCGACACUUUUGGUCCGUUUCUUCGCUGGACCAUGCUGCGAUCGCUUCGGUCCAAGAUGGACUUUCAUUGGCACGCUGUUGCUCGGGUCCCUCCCUACCGCGCUUUCCGGUACUGCACAUAGUGUCGGUGGUCUCAUCACCAUCCGAUUUUUCGUCGGCAUCCUGGGAGGAACCUUCGUUCCAUGCCAGGUCUGGAGCACAGCAUUUUUCGACAAAAAUAUCGUCGGCACCUCCAAUGCUCUCAUCGGAGGCUGGGGAAACAGCGGAGGUGGAAUCACGUACUUCCUAAUGCCGGUGAUUUUCAAUUCUCUUGUUCACGACCGUGGACUUACGCCACACGUUGCAUGGCGUGUCGCUUUCCUUGUUCCAUUCAUCCUUAUCAUCUCGACGGCUUUGGGAAUGAUUUUCUUCUGCCCAGACACUCCAACGGGUAAAUGGAGUGAGCGACAUAUCCAUGCAGCUCAGCUGUUGUCGGUACAGGGUAUCGCCACGACAACUGACUCCAAAGGCGUCAUCAUGGAUGAGACCUCUAACAGCGGCGUUUCGACUCCAAGAGUCGAUGAGGAAAAGGGCACCAAACCUCUGCCUCCUGCAACACGCAAUCCUGAGGCGCAUAUGCGCGAGGGCGAAAUGCUUGAGAUUGCACAAGGCGAAGUUAUCCUCAAGCCCACUUUCAAGGAAGGCAUGAAGGUGUUCUUCUCCCUCCAAACACUCUUCCACUGUGCCACCUAUUUCUGCUCCUUCGGCGGAGAGUUGGCCAUCAACUCUUACCUUGGAGCAUAUUACCUCAAGAACUUCCCUUACCUCGGCCAAACCGGCUCCGGUCGCUGGGCAGCAAUGUUUGGAUUAUUGAACGUAGUGACUCGCCCUCUGGGUGGUGUCGUCGGCGACAUGAUCUACAAGUACAACAAGAACCUAUGGGCCAAGAAAGCGUGGAUCGUUUUCGUCGGCAUCGUCUCCGGUGCAUUCCUCGUCGCCAUCGGCAAAACAGACCCCCAUCAAGAGGCGAAGCUCUUCGGCUUGAUUGCCGGUAUGGCAGUGUUCCUCGAAGCCGGCAACGGCGCGAACUUCGCUCUGGUGCCACACGUUCACCCCUUCGCGAAUGGUAUCCUAUCUGGCAUCACCGGUGCCGCUGGCAAUCUUGGUGGCAUUGUCUUUGCCAUCCUCUUCAGAUUCCACGGCACAAAUUACGCCGAGAGUUUCUGGAUCUGCGGUGUCAUAAUCAUGGCACUCAAUGUUUCGGUAUCGUGGAUUCGACCCGUUCCUAAAGGUCAAAUCGGCGGACGAUGA